AUGAAAUUCAGCGCCGUCGCCUGUCUCUCGGCCCUCGCAGCCCCCGGCCUCUCCGCCGGCAUUGGCGUGAGCAACCACCAUGAUUUCAUGCCUGCCACCGGCUCAUUGAAAGUCCCCGGCGAGUCGCCCGCUGAGUUCUGCGACGUGGAUCGCGACGGAGAUCUCGUCAAGGUCCAGCUUCUCAGCACGGAUCCCAAUCCCGUGAAGGCUGGCAAGCAGGUGUCGGUCAAGGCUACCCUAGACGUCAAGCAAAAGAUCACGAGUGGCUCCUACGUCAAAGUGGUCAUCAAGUACGGCCUCAUCCAGCUGAUUUCCACGACGGCCGAUCUGUGCGAACAGGUCUCGAAUGCGGGCAUUAAGUGCCCCGUCGAGGCUGGCAAGCAUCAGAUUUCCUUCCAGGCCGACAUGCCAAGGGUUAUCCCUCCGGGUACAUACAAUGUGUUGGCGGACGCCUAUGGAGACGACGAUGAGCACCUCACCUGCAUGAGUGCCACGGUUAACUUCCCUCGCCCGGGGGAACUUGGCUUCGAGAUGUGA